AUGACGUCGCACUUCAUUUCCGAUCACCUCGACAUCGCGUCGUCGAUGCCGUUGGCGACCGUCGCGCAUUGGCUGCACGCGACAUUGACGACCGUCGGCUGGGAACCGUUGGCAAAAGCGAUGGCGACCAUGCUCACUCGGUGGCGCAUGUACGCUUUGGACCGUCCGCUCGGCCAUGGCUACCGCCUCGUCGCAAGCUUGGCCGGCGUCGCGGAUCACCCCGUUUGCCCUCGACUGGACCUUCCGUUUGUUUUGGAGCUCAUCAAGCUAUGCUGGACUGUCAUCACAACGGACCUUCCCGCUCCGGGUGACCUUGGAGACUGUCAUGACGCGCGCGGGUGCAUUUCGUCCGUCUUGCUUCUCGAAGCACACGUCUUGUCGGGCAAAGGUUGGUUCACAAACACGCUCCCGACGAUCUUGUGCAUCGAAAUCGACACGUACCUCCUCCCGGCCAACACGAUCGAGCGUCACGUCGCCUACUGGAUGCAGCGCGAACCGUUCGACGUUGUUGCGCCGUCGUUGGUGAGCGCAACGAAGCGCAACCCGCAGCUGCGAAUCAGCAAGCGCCGAGCGGCGCUGGCCGAUGCGCUCACCAGAAUCUCCAGCAAAAACAUGCGCAACGUGUGGGGCUUCGCAAGCGCUUUAGCACUCGUAGCGCAGCCAUGGCCAACGACGAUGCUUCAGAACCUCUGGGAGAAGAUGGUCCUGUCGUUGCUCCCGGUGCUCUUUUCGACUCUUGUCACGCACGACUUGCCUUCGGUCUCAGGCCUCUCGGACGUCCUCAUGGACGCUGCCCAGGCCUUUGAACUGCCGCGCUACCAGCGCCGGUUGUUAACGCGCAAUUACGGCGCGUCCUCGCCGCUGCGAGGUCCAGUGCCCACGUGCAGCUCGACCCGUCGCGUUCUCGAUGCCCUCGAGUACGACGCGGAGAAGCGGUCGGCGUUUGUCGACAUCUUCCUUGCUGCAACGGCCUCAAAGCCCGAAGCCAACACCGUCUUCCGCAACCUUGAGCUUCGAGAGUCUGCGUUCGACGUCUGCCUCGCCAAGGCAGGUCUCGAGCGCCUCCCGAACACACCGCUGCGCGGCUCCAAGAUGCCCAAGCUCGUCUGCAUCGAGUCGUAA